GGGGGGCUGCGAGGCGGAGCGCGAGCGGAGCUCCGGUGCCGCCGCCGCCGCCAGCGAGAGCGUGCCUGCCGUCUCUGCCCUCUGAGCUGCGGGGGAUCGCCGCCGUCCUCCCGCCGGGGGCUCCCCGAGCCGGGGCGAGAUGGAGCAAUUAUCAGAUGAAGAGCUUGACCAUGGUGCAGAAGAAGACAGUGAUAAGGAAGAUCAGGAUCUGGACAAGAUGUUUGGGGCCUGGCUAGGAGAACUGGACAAACUCACACAGAGUUUGGAUUCAGACAAGCCUGUGGCACCAGUGAAGAGAUCACCUCUCCAUCAAGAAACCAACCUUGCCAACUUCUCAUAUCGUUUCUCCAUGUACAAUUUGAAUGAAGCUCUGAAUCAGGGGGAGACUGUGGAUCUAGAUGCACUCAUGGCUGAUCUCUGCUCCAUAGAGCAGGAACUCAGCAGCAUUGGGUCUCAUUCAGCAAAUAAUACUGCAGUGAAACGCCUUGCCACAGAAUCCAAAGUUCAGAAACCACCUAGUAGCCGUCCUUCUACUAAGCAUGGCAGUAUGAAAGGAUUAUCCUCUUCAUCUGGUAAGGUUACUAAACCAUCACAUGCCAACGUUUCUUUGGAUGACAUCACUGCACAAUUAGAGAAAGCUUCUUUGAGCAUGGAUGAGGCAGCCCAGCAGUCUGUAGCAGAAGAUGCCAAACCAGUAGUUAAUGCCCAGCACAGGAGGACAGCAUCUGCUGGCACAGUGAGUGAUGCUGAGGUGCGCUCAAUCAGUAACUCCUCCCGUUCCAGCGUAACUUCUGCAGCUUCCAGCAUGGACUCUUUGGAUAUUGAUAAGGUGACAAGACCGCAAGAACUGGACUUAACAUCACAAGGGCAACCAAUCACCGAGCACUCCUAUUUGGACAGGGAAACCUCCCUCCUUCUGAGAAACAUUGCAGGAAAGCCUUCUCACUUGCUGACCAAGGAGGAACAGGCUGCUAAACUGAAAGCUGAGAAGAUUAGAGUGGCGUUAGAGAAGAUUAAAGAGGCACAAGUGAAAAAGUUGGUGAUCAGAGUCCACAUGUCUGAUGACAGCUCAAAAACAAUGAUGGUGGAUGAGAGGCAGACAGUGAGACAAGUAUUAGAUAAUCUGAUGGACAAAUCACAUUGUGGUUAUAGUUUAGACUGGUCGUUGGUGGAAACCAUCUCUGAAUUGCAGAUGGAAAGGAUCUUUGAAGAUCAUGAAAAUUUAGUUGAAAAUCUUCUCAAUUGGACGAGAGACAGUCAAAACAAGCUAAUGUUCGUGGAACGUAUAGAGAAGUACGCACUUUUUAAGAAUCCCCAGAACUAUCUCCUGGGGAAAAAAGAAACCUCUGAGAUGGCAGACAGAAAUAAAGAGGUGCUGCUAGAGGAAUGUUUCUGUGGAAGUUCUGUAACUGUGCCAGAAAUUGAAGGAGUUCUGUGGCUGAAAGAGGAUGGUAAGAAGUCUUGGAAGAAACGUUACUUUCUUCUACGAGCUUCAGGAAUCUACUAUGUUCCUAAGGGAAAGGCAAAGGUCUCGCGGGAUCUCGUGUGCUUUCUACAGCUAGAUCAUGUCAACGUUUACUACGGACAGGACUAUCGGAACAAAUACAAAGCUCCCACAGACUACUGCUUAGUGCUGAAGCAUCCUCAGAUCCAGAAGAAAUCCCAGUAUAUCAAGUAUCUUUGCUGUGAUGAUGUAAGAACUCUACACCAAUGGAUCAAUGGCAUCCGCAUUGCUAAGUAUGGGAAGCAACUGUAUAUGAACUAUCAAGAUGCACUAAAGAGAACAGAAUCGGCAUAUGACUGGACUUCCUUGUCUAGCUCCAGUAUCAAGUCAGGCUCCAGCUCAUCUAGUUUGCCAGAAUCUCAAUCAAAUCAUUCUAAUCAAUCUGACAGUGGAGUUUCUGACACCCAGCCAACUGGACAUGUCCGUUCCCAAAGUAUUGUCAGCUCCAUGUUCUCUGAGGCCUGGAAGCGAGGCACGCAACUGGAGGAAUCCAGCAAGGUGCGAAUGGAGCCUGCAGGUCGGCCCUUCAUCUCUGUUGCACCUCCUGUGUCCCCACAGACAAAAGUGGUGACCCCCUAUUCAGCAUCACAGCCAUCCCCCCCACUGCCCCCUCCCCCCCCUCCUCCUCCUCCACCACCACCUCCUCCUCCUCCUCCGCCACCUCCGCUCCCCAGCCAGGCCGCCCCAUCUGCUGCCUCACCUGCUGCCAUGUUUGUUAAGUACAGCACCAUCACCAGGCUGCAGAAUGCUGCCCAGCACGGUGGGCCUUUUUCCAAGGCCCCUGCCGCUGCACAGCAGCCCCCCCUGCCCCCUCCAUCCUCAGGCAAGCCUCAGAUACUGGUGCCACCCAAUGGAGUCAUGCCACCUCCCCCCCCUCCUCCUCCUCCCCCCACACCGGGCUCAGCCAUGGCACAACUGAAGCCGGCACCUGUUGCCCCCUCUGUACCACAGUUCACACCUCCACCACCCCCUCCCAAAAUCCAUCAGGUUCAACCAAAUAUAAGUCAGGUGGCUGCUGCUGCCUCACCAUUGCCACCACCUCCUCCCCCUGUGCCUGCCCCACCACCACCCCAAGCACCCCCAAAGCCUCUCAUGACAGCUCUCCCCCCACAGCCUAGCAGGAAGGCAGCGUCACCAGGGGUCUCACACAUCACCUCCCCUGUGCCAGUUCCCUUGCCUCUUGCAAGUAAGAAACAGCCAAGUGUCACAUCUCCCCAGGUGCCUCCGCUGCCCCCGGCCCCUCUGGGCCCCACUCCUCCCCCAACAUUUCCAAAGCAGCAGAGUUUUUCUAUGAAGCCUCCCCCAUCACCUCAAUCCCCAGUGCCGUCAGUAGUGAAGCAGAUAGUCAGCCAGUUCCCACCUCCUCCCACCCCACCUGCCACUGAGCCCCAGCCUCUGAAACCCCUUCCUUUGAGUGUGGCUCCCCAGUCACCUCCAGCGGUGAAGGCAAAACCCAAAUGGCAGCCUGCCUCUGCUCCCUCACCGGAUUUCCCACCUCCUCCACCAGAGAGCAGCUUAGUGUUUCCUCCUCCGCCUCCUUCCCCAGCUACCUCUGCAGGUUCUCCCCCCCCUGACAAAUCAGGGUCUCCAGUCAAAAAGACCAGCAAGACAUCAAGCCCUGGAGCAAAGAAACCGCCUCCAACACCUCAGCGGAACUCCAGCAUCAAGUCCACCAGCUCCACUGAGUACAGUGAGUCCAAGAGACCUUCAGUGGACCGCCUUGUCAGCAAAUUUGCACACCCACCAGAGCCAUCAGGGUCUCCAUCAAAGGAGUCAUCACCUCCUGUGGCCCCUCCAAAGCCCGGAAAGCUCAAUCUCUCUGGUGUGAGCUUGCCCAUCGUCCUUCCGCAGGGAGGGAUCCCGGCCAAGGCUCUUGCUCCAGGUGUAUCAGGGAAGGAACCUAUGGUUGAAUUUCCUUCUCCGCCGUCGGAUUCAGACUUUCCACCACCACCACCUGAAAUAGAUCUUCCUCUCCCCCCCGUUGAGAUACCAUCUGUGUUUUCAGGCAGCACUUCUCCAAAAGUUGCUGUGGUCAACCCUCAGCCUCAGGCGUGGUCGAAACCAUCAGUUAAAAAAGCUCCACCACCCACACGUCCAAAGCGGAACGACAGCACUCGGCUGACACAGGCAGACGUCGCAGAGUCACCGGCAACACCUGGCCCCCAAGUGCCCACUUCACCCAAGUCUAGCCUUAGCGUUCAGCCAGGAUUCCUGGCAGACCUCAACCGGACGCUGCAGCGGAAAUCCAUCACCCGGCACGGCUCCCUCUCCUCUGCCCGGAUGUCCAGAGCAGAACCCACUGCCACCAUGGACGACAUGGCCUUGCCGCCGCCCCCACCGGAGCUUCUGGCCGAUCAGCAGAAGACGAGCAGCUUCGGGGGCAGCCACAUAUCUGGCUAUGCAACAUUACGGAGGGGGCCACCCCCUGCGCCUCCCAAGAGGGAUCAGAACACUAAGUUGUCACGGGACUGGUAGUCGGUCACCCGGGGCCGGUGCUCUCCAUGACUUGUGGCUGCUCUGUGACCAGCCAACCCGUGAUGUUGUGCACUUGGAGAGAAUGUGGGGACGUGGAUAAUAGCCCUGUCAAAAGAGGUGAUCUCAAACUGUAGUUAAGGCUAAAGAUAGACAUUCCCCCCUCAUGGCUAGGCCAAAACAGUUGGGGGCAAGGGGUUGUCAGUAUUUUAUUGGGGGAGGUGGGUAGAGAGGUGUUGACUUAACAUUUUCAAUUUCUUUUACCCUUCAUAUGGAUUGGACCAAAAUCCCUUUUUCUUACUUUUUCUGCAUUUGGGGGGGAAGAUAAUUUUUUGUAGUGUCUGUCCAUGUGAGACAUGUUUGUGCAUGUAUUAUAAGUGUAGGUAUAUAAUAUAUUGUGAUAUAUUUCAUUGCAAUUAUAGAAGAUAACCAGAAUGUUUUUGUAGAUCCGUAUUUAUUGUUUCAGUCGCUAUGUUAUUGGGAAUCGGACUCUGUAACCAAUCUGACUGUAAAGAUGAAACUGUCGGGGGCACUUUAAAGAAAGAAGGAGAAAGGAAGAAAGGAAAAAAAAAAAGCAGGGAAAACAAACAAGCAAACA